AUGCACCAAUUAGAUUUUUCUUCCAGUACCCUCGCCAACUUGGCUGGCCGGACAGUAAUUGUUACUGGGGCUGGUCGAGGCAUCGGGGCCUCCACGGCAGCACUGUUUAACUCGCACGGCGCCAAUGUGGUCUUGGUUGACCUCGCCCCAGCCAAGGAUGCCGCCACACUCUUGAUAAAAUCCUUUCGGUAUCCGGAAAGGAGUCUUUUCGUCCCUGCCAACAUCCUUGCUUGGAAGGAUCUUGUGAGUGUGUUCAAAACCGCGGUGCAGAGGUUUUCCAAGGUCGAUGUGGUUGUGGCCAAUGCCGCCAUCAUGGAAAGCAAACCGGUGCUGGACGUGGAGAUUGACGAAGCUGGCGAUCCUAUCGAGUCUCUGGAGGCGAAUAAAGUGAUCGAUGUCAACAUUAAGGGAACACUAAACACGCUGAGGCUAGGCCUUCACUAUCUUGGCCAGAACAACCCAUCUUCCACAGGCUCUCGUGGCUCUAUUGUAUUUGUCACUUCUACAUCUGGGUACUUUGGAUCCACCGGGAAUGCUGCCUACAUAUCUUCUAAGCAUGGUGUUGUUGGCCUGAUGAGAGCUUCUCUUCGGCGAGCGGCAUUUCUGGGCAUCAGCCUCAGCUCCGUAGCUCCGUGUUACACCCCAACCCACCUGACAGCGGGUUUUGGACAGAAGAUUACCGACGCCAGACUCGACGCCAACACCCCAGAGGGGGUUGCGUCGGUUGCUGCGAGCUUGGCAUGCGACGGUACCGCUCACGGGCUUGCUUGUCUGGUCUGGGGGAGUUACAAGCGGGAGCUGGAACGCACACGACAGGACCUGUUGGAUAGUUGGCUUGGUGACGACUUGGUGGACUCGAUGACCACAUUUGGGCAGUUGAUGGAUGCAAUGGGCGGCUAUCCACUUCCGCAGAACAGGGAUUGA